AUGGCUUCUAUGAUGGAGCGUGCCGAUGAAAAUCUCAUUCCCGCAGUUCAAAAAGAGAUCGGGGAAGCUUUUCGCACUGGACCAUCUGAUCUCGGCUACCUCACUUUCAUUCGGAAUUUCGUGGAGGGGUUGGCGUCACCAUUAGCCGGUAUGUUAGUUAUUCGCCACGAUCGUCCUACAGUUCUUGCCCUGGGCUCCCUGUGCUGGGCAUUAUCAACUGCAGCAGUGGGUAUUAGCCAGUAUUUCUGGCAAGUUGCAUUUUUGAGAGCAGUGAAUGGGGUUGGACUGGCAAUUGUGAUUCCUGCACUUCAAUCUUUCAUAGCUGACAGCUUUGAUGAUAGUAUUAGAGGGGCUGCAUUUGGGUUUUUCUAUCUUAUGGGUACUGUCGGUGGCAUAGGAGGUGGAGCUUUUGCUACAGUUAUGGCUGGUUAUGAGUUCUUGGGAAUACCUGGAUGGCGUUGUGCCUUAAUUAUCAUGUCAACACUCAGUUCCAUCGUUGCUUUGCUGGUAUUUUCGUUUGUGGUUGACCCGAGAAGAAAAAGUGCCAUCAAUCAUAGUUGUGACAAGAACAGUGAAAGGGAUGCUUUAGUAGAUAAGGGCAAUGCCAAUUCAACAUCACCUUGGCUGGAGUCCUGGACUGCAAUCAAAGCAAUCAUGAAUGUGAAAACAUUUCAGUUCAUUGUCUUGCAGGGUCUUGUCGGUUCCACUCCUUGGACAGCUAUGGUGUUCUUCACAUUUUGGUUUGAACUUAUUGGUUUUGAUCACAAAAGUGCGGCUGCCAUUAAUAGUCUUUUCGACGUCGGAUCCGCCAUAGGAUCCUUCAUCGGAGCAUUGAUAGGAGACCGAUUGUCACUCAUUUACCCUAAUUCAGGACGGAUCAUGUGCGCACAAUUCAGUGCUUUCAUGGGCAUCCCAUGUUCAUGGUUACUUCUUAGAGUAAUCCCACAGUCUGUAAGUAGUUAUUUUGCAUUUGCUGCCACCAUGUUCAUAAUGGGCUUUACCAUCAGCUGGUGUCACACGGCUGCCAAUGGCCCUAUGUUCGCUGAGGUGGUAACAGCCAAACAUCGGACUAUGGUAUACGCAUUCGAUCGUGCUUUCGAAGUAUCCUUAUCUUCUUUUGGUGCUCCUAUGGCUGGAAUUCUUUCGGAGAAGAUAUAUGGGUAUAAUCCCGCGGCUGUUGAUCCAAUUUCGGGGUCUGCGCAAGACGCCUAUGCGUUGUCAAGAGGCCUUUCCACAGUGAUGGCAGUUCCAUUUGGUUUGUGUUGCCUACUUUACACGCCUUUGUAUUGGCACAUUGGUCGAUUUUAUGUAUUGUAUUUUAAAUUUCUCAAGCUAUCAAUGUACUCAGAGCAUUCUGGUAAAGAUUCAGAGAUCAGCAAAUUUAGAGAGGAAGAAGAUGGUGUUAGGAUUAGAUCCAUAAACGACAAAAAGAGGAAGGAGAUCAAGCUAUAA